GAUUUCUAAACUGUUUGGACAUCACUAAUUUCAUUCAGACCUUUUUUUAUUAAGUCUUUUUUUCUCUGUCAGUUCAUGACAUGUUCAGUGAACAUUUAAUUCAGAUUUCUAAAAAGUGUUGAAAAAAGAGGAAAUACUGCUUGCUUUCUAAUUACUCUUACUAUGGGUUUGUAUGGAUGAAGGUUUGUAAAGACAGUUGAGUAUAUUUUUAAUAAAGUUGUCCAAACCCUCAAGUAUACAAGAUAUUUUAUCUCAUGUGAUUACAACCCUCUUUAUUUCUCCCAACUUCCUUGGUGUUUAGAUGAUACCAUGUAAAUCACAGAAAAACUGUUCUAUUACUGAUAAACAUUAAAUACACAUAUUGGUAUCAAAUGGGAGACUUAAAGACAAAAUGGGAAUGAUACUUAAGGAAAACAAACUUUUUUACUUUAAUUUAAUUUGGACAAACCAGUGCCAGUAAAAGCCUUCUAUGGACAGUUGUGACCACAAGCUUUUGGAAGAUGCAGCUGACCUUCAUUGGGUCAAUCCUCUUUGUUGUUAACAUUUCUUUUCUUAGUACCUCAUCUUACCUUCUAGGUCUAGCAUCACUUUACUCCAUAAUUCUCACAGCUGUGUCCUGGACAAUGGAAUGCAAUGGCUGUACCAAAGAUUACGAGAAAAGAACACGAUUAAUAUACACUGUAAUUCUGAUGAUUGAAGGUGUUUUGUUUGGUCUAUUUGUCCUAGCCAUGUUGUGUGAUCAGUACUCAGCUAUCACAGGUGACCUCACAGCUGUGGAACAUGUACAGCGGCAAAUCAGAGCAAACCGCAAACCAAGGAGUGCUCUCUUAGCUGAAGUGUUUGGAAGAGGUGGAUUUUUCAUUUGGUUCUGUCCAUGUUCUUCUCCUCCCAACCCACAACGGUCAACAGCAUCAGAACGCUAUAAUGUCUGACCGGCAUGGUUUCAGAAAGAACAAAACAAUGAAGAAGGAGAAUCUGGGAUCCUUUCAGAAGUCAUGAAGUUAAAGCAUUUCCUAACUUCAUUUGUGGAGUGUAAACCUACCCUCUCACAUAAUUAUGACAGCCUUUAUUAAUUCCCAGGAUCUGACUUGCAUUUCUCCUAUCCACAGCACAUUUCAUGUAGAUCAGUUAAUUUAGGUGUUACAUUGAGAUAUCACCCUCAAGCUGACAAUUUUGUAUAUUUUCAUUAUAUGUUUCCUGGAUAAUGUAUUGCUGUGGAAAAUUACUAAUGAACCAGCAUAGAGCUGAAGGUUGCUGAGGAAUUGCUUUUCCUGUGAUUUCAACCAAAGGACACACCCUUUAAAGUUGACCAUAGUUUGACCAGCCCAUGGAUGCAUUCAUUAUCAUGCAUUGCAAGGUCAUUACAAUGAUUGGCAUUGUCACUCUGAAUUUUUUAUUUGUCCCAUGCUUGUGAUAAGACAGAAAAUGUCUUUCUCUAACCCAGUUCUUGUAUCAACACAAACAAUGCAAAAGAAUUGCUUUAAUUUCAAAUUUUGCCAGUGUCAGUAACUUUAAAUGAAAUUUAUUUUUGUUGUGAAGAUCAGUCUGACAAAUCACCAUUACUCCAGAACAAAAUACAUUUUAAACAGAGAUACAUGUAACUCUAAUCGUUGUAAAAUAGUUAUCCAAUUCAGCUUUAAAAGUGGCAAAUACUGUUUUGUAAAACUUAUUUUCAAAAAAAGUGCAUACUAUGACUAUAUUUAUUUAAUGAGAUAAUUUAAGAAACUAGUCAUAAAUUUUUCACAAAACAAUGCAUAGUAUGGAUCCCAUUCACUUUUAGUAACAGUACAUUAUUAACACAUGUGCAAAAGUGCAAAUUUCAAGACUGCAGGUUGUCACUGUGUUUUAUUUUAAGACUUCUUUGAUAUGCAACAAGAUCAACUAAUUAAUUUCUACAUUAUUGUCAGAGCCCUUUUUGAUUGAGAGUUGCAAAACCACAACCAAGGCCAUUGCAAUGGCUUCUCAGAAGAAAGGGAAAUACCUUUAAGACCCAAUGAAUUCUUAAUGUAAAAACAACCAACUGCCUAAAGGACGGGAAAACGCGGGCAACCAAGUUGUAAUUGGUUUUGGAUUUGCAUCCGAUUCGUUGAAAGAAUGGCACGAGUUUUUCUAGACCAAUCACAGAGUGAAGUGAAGCAAAGCCAAUGCAAACCUGGAUUACUUUGGACUUUUAACUCAAAAUUCCUCCAAAAGAAGCUUUGUAUCAACUUGACUUCACUUUUCUCUUGUGGUAUGAAAAAGUUGGCUGAAAGAAGAACCUGUGUGCAAUCCAUUCUCCUGAUCCAUAUUUCUCCACCCAUAUGUAUAAUAAGGUUGACAAACUAGCUUGCAAACGAAAUUAUUUUCAAGUUUUAAGGUUUGUAAAGGUAGUAAGCCUUUUCCUCUGUUAAAAACGCUAAGAUGCAAUCAUUUUUAAAUAUUUAUCUUAUACUGUUAUUGUGAGUAAGCUGAAGAUUAAAAAAUGUGACAUGAAGAACAAUUUUGAUACAUCAGAAAACAACAUGUAUUCCAGAACACGAUAAAGAAAUUAUACUAUUCAAUGAAAACUCUACCAGUAGAACCCUAAGAGUGACCAGCAUUUAAUUUCUCCUUGUAGUAAUUCAUUAAGGUUGUGAGAAUAAAUGAAUUGAUCGCUUA